AUGAUUUGGAAGUGCAUAAGGAUGCCAGGAGAGGAAACUCAUAGAUUCAUGGUGCAGACCAUUAACGAUAUCAAUGCUCAAGUUAUAGAAGAUCCUUCUUUGACCAAGAAUAUUGGAGGCCAAGCUAUCCAUUCUGGAGAAGUGAUUGUCACUUCUAUCAUUGCUGCCGGAGAUUUGGAGCUUCCCUUCAGAGAUAAGGAGGAUGAAACUCUGGCAGAACAACUAGCUAUUGAGGCAACUCUUUCUGGCAGAAGGAACAAGAGAAAAGAGAUUGCUCCAGUCCAUGAUAGUGUUGUCCAGCCUGAGACUUCAGCUGAAAGUCCUCCUCCCCCUUCUACUAAGUCAAAAAGACUUAGAAAGAGGACUGUGGUGGAGUAUGUGGCCACAGAAGAACCUGCAACAGCUCCCACAACCACUUCUGGAACAGAUGAAGAGCUAAGGGAGUCCUUUGAAGCUGUAGAGCAGGAGAAGGAACCAGAAGAAGGUGAUGUCUUUUUAAAAGAGAAGAACAAAGAGUUUGAAGAAGAGUCUUUCCAAGUAGAAGUGCCCAGAACUGUUGGGAUUUUGGCAGUGAUGACCAGCCCUUUGAAGCCUCGUAUCCUAGCUAUAAGUUCAUCUACCACAGCCUCCUUUGCUGAUUCAGAAUUGGCAAAGUUUGAAGCUAUGGACUUAGAUGCCCAACUGGACAAACUAGAGAAGCUUAGCUCCACUCCUAGCCAGGCUAAGUCCAAGGCAGUGGAUAAGGCAAUGAAGAGGGUGAAGAUUUGGCAAUCCACUGAGCUGGAACUGGAUGAGAACAGAGAAGCUGUUGACCAAUUGAUGAAAGACCUGGACCUACUGCAUGGACAGAACAUGGCUCCUAAGCCUAUACUUGAGAUGAGCCUUGGCUGGGCCAGAGAUGUGCUCAACCUUCAUGAUCGUUAUGAGGAUCUCAAGCACACCUUCAAAACCUCUGAGUUUUGGAAGGCUACUCAUGAAGCCAACUUGGCCGAUUAUGCAAAACAGAACGCAGCACUGGACCAGAUGGUUGCAGGUUACAAAGAAGCCAAGGCUACUGUCAAUAAGUUGGAGAGGCAAAUUGAAAAACUCCAAAAACAGCUGGAAGAAUGUAGAGAGAUGCAGAACAAGCUUAGGGUUGGACUGAGUUCUAAGACCAAGGCUACCUUUUUUGGUCAUGCCAGUUGCCUAUUUCUUUGA